AUGCCAGUCACAAGAUCACAGAACGGGAUGCAGCGAGGGGAAUCGACGUUGACUGUUACCUCCGCCACUAGGUCCGAAGUUCGGACCACAGGCGAAGAGAAAACGAUCGAGCAGUCCACGUCGACGAGCGCACCCAGCCACUCAGAGAAAGCAUUGACUCUGACACCAGCGGGUUAUACCCGGCGGGCCGCAUCGAGAACCGUAUCAAAAGCCAGCUCUAGAAGACUAGCCGAGGCCAGAGAAGAGUUGGCUCGCUGCGAGCUGCGGGAAGCGCAGGCUGCAGCACACCUGGCCAGAUUACGAUUAGAAGCAGAAACGGAAGAGGGCGGCUCCGUUAUAGAAGACGUCAACGAUGACCAUGAAGAAAAGGUAGCAAACUGGAUGCGCUUAUCGGCACAAAAGCCAGAAGAAAUUGAAACAAAAAGCGACAUUCGAGCAAUAGCCGACGCAAUAAAGGAAGUCAUGACGAACCAUGUAAUGCCGCAACCGAAAUACAUUCAAGAGCUGCCAAUAUUUGAAGGGGACAGCUCCGAAUGGACGGCGUUCCGAGUUGUAUACGAAGAUACAUCUCCCAUGUUCUCGGACGUUCAGAACAUGGCGCGGCUGCGUAAGGCGAUUAAAGGCACGGCGAGAGAGAGUAUUAAGAGCCUCUUGUACUCAGAAGCGAAGCCAGAAGAAGUUAUUAACGCUUUACGCCGAAGAUUUGGUAGACCCGACGCAUUGGUGUUAGCCGAACUUGAGAAAUUAAAAGCACUUCCUGGAACAACGGAAAAUCCCAGAGACAUAUGCGUAUUUGCUAGCCAAAUAAACAACAGCGUGGCCGCCAUAAAAGGAUUGAAGAAACCGCAAUACCUGUACUCACCGGAAAUUGUGAAAAUUAUCAUAGAGAAGAUGCCUGCGAUUCUGAGGUUCAGAUGGUACGACUACACGGCUGCGAGGGAAGAGGAAUCGUUCUCAGAUAUUCAAACAAUAAGCGACUUCCUCAAUUUAGAAGCAGAUAAAUGCGGCGCAUUCGCGGUAAUAGAAGACAGCAAAAGUGUACGACCGAGCGCAACGAUAAGAAGACCGGCGAAGCAAACUACUUUUAAUAUUGCUGAAAAGAGUAGACCAGAAGAGAUCAAGUGCCCAGUUUGUGAAGGCAACCAUAAGCUCAAAGACUGCCAAGGAUUUCUGAAUGCAACAGUCAACGAUAGAUGGGAAACGGUUAAGAGGCUGAAGGUUUGCUUCAAGUGCCUAGUUGGAAAGCACCGGAAAGAAAAAUGCCGAAGACCCCCGUGCAAGUUGUGUCGGAGAUGGCACCACAGCUUAUUACAUGUGACAUCGGAGAGCGAACAAUGUCAUGAAGAGGCAGCGACCGAGACAGCGACGGUCAAUACAAUUAGUGCACCAAAAGCUAUUUUAAAGAUGCUUAAGGUGGAGAUCUACGGACCGACUGGGAGCAAACAAGUACUGGCGCUGCUAGAUGAAGGCUCAACGGUGACACUGCUCGAUGAAAAUGUGGCUGCAAGCAUCGGCAUUAAGGGUCCUCGCGAAACCUUAAAUAUAGAAACUAUCGGCGGAGGACAAAUGAAAAAUCACGAAUCAAUGAUUGUAGAUAUCAAAGUGAAAGGGAUAAGACAAGGCGAGACGAGUACACUCAAGCGGGCAAGAACUAUUAAGGAGCUCAAAUUGACUCCACAACUCGUUGAUAAAACUCGACUUAGAAGUACCAUCACUUGCGGGAUACGACGCGGAAAGCCAGGGCAGCCGGUGGCGUCAAGAACAAAGUUAGGAUGGGUUAUCCAUGGCUUCGAUAGCAACGGCGGGUCUCCGAUCAAUUACGUGAACACAUGUGCACACGCAAGCGUCGAAGAAGAUAAAAUAGAUCAGCUGGUGAGGGAACACUUUAAUAUUGAGUCUUUAGGAGUUCAGCCGAAGAAGCCGUCAACAGAUAUAGAACAGCGAGCACUAGAAAUAUUGGAAAGAACCAGUCGACAAUUGGAAGAUGGCAGGUACGAGGUCGGUCUGUUGUGGAAAAGUGAAGACUUACAACUUCCAAACAAUUACACAGCAGCUCUCAACAGAUUUCAAGGCAUAGAAAAAAAGCUGCGUAAGGACGCUAAGUUGAAAAAUGAAUAUAGUGCGCAGAUUGAAAAUCUUUUGAAAAGCAACUACGCUGAAGAAGCACCAGUCGACUGCAGAUCCAACAAAAAAUGGUACCUGCCUCAUUUCCCAGUGGUUCACCCUCUUAAAAAGAAGCUGAGAAUUGUCUUCGACGCUGCGGCAAAAUACAACGGAGUGAGCCUCAACGAUGUAUUGCUGUCCGGACCGGACUUACUACAGUCAAUAUUUGGAGUGCUACUGCGAUUCCGCCAAGGCCCUGUAGCGAUAGCGGCUGAUAUAAAAGAAAUGUUUCUGCAGGUGAAAAUAUCGGAAGAAGAUAGAGACAGUCUUAGGUUCCUAUGGCGGAAAGACAAGGAAGAGCAAGUGAAGGAAUACAGAAUGUCAUCAGUGAUUUUUGGAGCCGCAUCGUCGCCUUGCACCGCGAUUUAUAUAAAAAACAAGAACGCAAAGGCCUUCUCACAUAAAUAUCCCGAAGCUGCGCAAGCAAUAGAGCGGAAUCACUAUAUGGAUGACUAUCUGCAAAGCUUUCACAGUGUUGACGAUUGCAAACGAGUAAUGCAGCAAGUUGACUUGAUCCACAAGAACGCGCACUUCGAGCUACGAGGAUGGGCGUCGAAUAAAAAAGAGAUCGUAGAAGCCGGUGGCGAACAGGAAGUGCACCUAGGUGAAAACGAAGAGAAGACCUUGGGACUGAGAUGGCUGACAUCAGAGGAUUGUCUUGGAUUUAGAAGCCAAUUUAGAAGAAUCCCUGACGAGAUAGCACGAGGCAUGCAGACUCCAACAAAACGAGAAGUCACGGGAGCUGUGAUGUCUACCUUCGACCCACUCGGACUGCUUUCACCCAUUCUCAUUCAAGGAAAGAAGCUCAUUCAAAAGAUAUGGCGCAGUGGUGUCGGAUGGGAUGACCAAAUCACUGAAGACGACACCGAAGCUUGGAAGAGCUACCUAGAGCAUGUCGGUAAACUAAAAGACAUCCGCCUGCCGCGAUGCAUGUCACCAUUUUGCACUGAGGGGGAGCUGCAUACUUUCACAGACGCGAGUGAGACAGCGUAUGCAGCCGCAGUAUACUGGCGAACUAGAGGUAACGGAAAAUACUUGAUAAAUCUCGUCGCAGCCAAGUCAAGAGUGACGCCUCUAAAACCAAUUUCCAUGCCGAGACUUGAACUGCAGGCAGCGUUGUUAGGAGCUAGACUUGCAGACUCAGUGGCCAGAGAACUCGAUCUGCAAGUUACAAGGAAAACCUUUUGGACGGAUUCGAGUGUUGUACUUUCGUGGAUAAAGGCAGAUCCCAGAACAUUUAAGACCUUCGUAGCUCAUCGAAUUGCGGAGAUAGAGGAUCUUACAAAACCACAGGACUGGAGAUGGGUGCCGACAGCGCAUAAUCCUGCUGAUGAUGCAACUAGAAGUCCACCGGAAGAAUUUAACGCGGAACAUAGGUGGUUCAAGGGUCCAGACUUUCUGUCAAAAGACGAAGAAGAGUGGCCAGCUCCGCGAAGUUUUAAAAAAGAAAAAAGCGAGGAAGACAAAACGACGGAGCAGGUGAAUAUACUUCGCCACAGUGAAAUUACUCCGGUUCCUGAAAACUUUUCAUCGUGGACAAGAUUGUGGAGAUCGACUGCCAGAGUACUACAAUUCAUCAAUCUUUGCAAAGAAAAGAAGCUGUCGAAGCAUGAGUGCUGCAAUAAAAGUGCAAAAAAGAGGCAAUUCCUUCCGAUCGGUGAGAUACACCUAUUAAGAGCGGAGGAGGUUCUGAUCGCCCAGUGUCAGCAAAACAGCUUUAAACAAGAUAUUAAAAAUCUCAUGCAAGGGCGAAAGACGGAGAAUCAAAGCCAAUUGAAAAGGCUAGAUGUCACUAUAAAAAAUAAACUUAUAAGACUACAAGGGAGAGCAAAAACAGUAGCGGGCAUCGAUAAUGACUACUUAACACCCAUUGUACUAGAUGGCAGGAGCGUCAUUGGUAGAUUGAUAAUUAAACAUUACCACGAGAAAUACAACCAUGGUAAUCAAGCUACGGUAAUGAAUGAAAUCCGCCAAAAAUAUUGGAUGUUGGGCUUGAGAUCAGUGCUGCGUAGUAUACAACAAAACUGUCAACAUUGCAAGCUGAGGAAAGGUAAACCAUCGGAGCAUCCAGCGGGCAAUUUACCUCAAGAAAGGCUGAGACAUGGUGAGCCCGCUUUUACGUGUACAGGUUUGGACUACUUCGGUCCAAUGCUUGUGGCGAUUGGGAGACGAAGAGAAAAGCGAUGGGGAGCUUUAUUUACCUGCCUGACCACAAGGGCAGUACACAUCGAGAUAGUGCCCAGCCUGACGACAGACUCUACAAUAAUGGCGUUAAGGAGAUUCGCAGCACGAAGAGGGAUGCCAAAAGUAAUUUAUUCCGACAACGGAACAAACUUCGUUAAAGCUAAUAAAGAAAUCCAAACCGCCAUCGCGGAACUUAAAAAAGAGGAAGUCGUCACGGAAGCAGAAAAGGUUGGCGUACAGUGGAAAUUUAUUCCGCCUGGCGCACCGAAUAUGGGUGGAGCUUGGGAACGAUUGGUGCGCUCAAUUAAGGUGGCGCUAGACGUUACAUUAAAGGAGCGCAUUCCACGAGAGGAGGUACUGCAUACGCUGCUGUUGGAAGCCGAACACAUGGUUAAUUCCAGGCCAAUAACCAACUUAGCCGACAAUUCGGAAGAAGAGGCGCUAACACCAAAUCACUUUCUUAUUGGGCGAUCCAGUGGAGCUGCGCGCAUAGGGCAUUUUCCCGAUGCCAAGCUGGUGGGCAGAGAAGAUUGGAAGACCGUCCAACGACUCUCUGAUCAUUUUUGGAGGAGAUGGCUACGGGAGUACUUGCCCACGCUACUGCCCAGAAAAAUGACAGGCCGACGGGAAGGCGAGCAGCUGCAGCGAGGCGACGUGGUUCUUAUCGUGGAUCGCACUCUACCACGAUGCACUUGGCCAAGGGGAAUUAUCGAAACCACGUACCCUGGGCCCGACGGAAGAACCAGAAUCGUGGACGUCGCGACCAAAGGUGGAGUGUUACGAAGACCAUCGUCGAGGAUCGUGAUCUUGGUGCCUGCGAAGUCGCCGUGCAGAAACGACGGUGCUACGCACGAGGGGGAGAAUGUUGGCGACUCAUAA